AUGCAUAUUGCCUUUGCCAUGAAGGAGCUCGGGGAUAUUUUCUAUUUCUUGGGUAUAUCUAUACAAGCUUAUGGUGAUUUCUAUUUUUCAUCUCAACACAAAUAUGCUUCUGAUAUCCUCAUUAAAGCUGGUAUGACCACUUGUAAGCCUUGCAAUUCCCCUGUGUCAGUUAAGCCUUCUCUUGCUCCAAAUUCUGAUCUUCCAUUUGAUCAACCUGAGCUUUAUCGCAUUGUUGUUUGUGCACUCCAGUACCUUACCAUCACCAGGCCUAACUUGUCUUUCGCUGUUAACCAAGCUUGUCAAUACAUGCAUGCUCCCACUAUUGCUCAUUUUGCUGCUGUCAAGAGACUGUUACAAUUUGUCCAAGGGACUUUAGCUCAUGGGCUCACUUUCAGCCCUUGUUCUUUUGAACUUCAUGCCUUCUCUGACUCGAACUGGGCUGGUGAUGUUCUAGAUCGUCGCAGUUCUUCAGGCUACUGUGUGUAUCUUGUGUCCAACCUUAUUUCUUGGUCUGCUAAAAAGCAAUCAACCAUCUCAAGAUCCUCAACCGAAGCUGAAUAUCGCUCUCUCGCACACACCACAGCUGAACGUACUUGGUUAACAAUGUUACUCCAUGAACUUCAACUUUACUCUCUCAUUCCUCCUUUACUUUGGUGUGACAACCUGUCUGCUAUUGCCUUGGCUUCCAAUCUGGUGUUUCACACUCGUUCUAAACAUAUUGAAGUGGAUUGUCACUUCAUUCGUAAAAAGAUUGCUACUAAACAGCUACUUCUUAAAUAUGUUCAUUCUCUUGAUCAAAUUGUUGAUAUAUUCACAAAGCCCCUCUCAGUUUCACGAUUUAACUAUCUUAAAGCCAAGCUUCUGGUCUCUCCCUCUACCAUCAGCUUGCAAGAGGGUGAUAAGGAUUCUAGUUCAGAUGCAAAAGCCACAGCUUCAGCAGCUUCCGAUAUGGCUUAUUCAGCUGUCAAGAAUAGAGCUUCAGCUGUGGUGUCAUGCAGUCAGUUAGGAAUUGGUUAG